GGUGGGUAGGUGGCUGUUUCUUUCCAAGUUUGUUUACAUUUUCUAUCGGCGUCUGAGUGCCUGUUUCGCAAUCUCGCGUGCUAGCGCUCACUCUCUGAGUGCUCUCCCGUACUUUGUGCUUCGGGAAACCCGACGUAGUGAGUUACCACGUUGCUGCCGGAGCAGUCAGCCAGUUGGGCAGAACUAUCUGUUAGUUGCUCGCCGGUUUUCGUUGUGGUUAGAGUAUGGUGGUUUUGAUCUCGUUUUACGGCUCGUAUUGCACUUUGCGGUUAUAAUUGUGGAAUAAUAUCGCGCGAGUGUUGAAUAAUAAACAGGCCCUUGCAAGGGCUAGUGAUUAAGUAUGUGCACUUGAAAGAACUACGAACUGUCUAGUCUAGUGGUGUCGGACGACAAGGACUCUGUCUCAAGUGUUUCUGAGAACUGCGCGGUACAGCAGAUACUUCUCACAAAUGUGUUCGGUUAAGGAUGAACAGCGCAAUUCCGUCCUCAUGCAUGGAUCGGUACAUUAGUCGUUACAUAGUGCCUCCCCAUUCGGUUCAACAGCAUCAGCAGCAGUUACUUAAUCAGCAACAGGCCAAUCAGAACCUGCCUCCUAAUGGAUAUUAUCCACAUCAGAUUCUUCAUCAGCAACAACAACAACAGCAACAUCAACAACAUGUUGCUCAACAACAGUCUCAGAGCCAUGGGUCAGCAAAUGGUUUUAUGGUAGGGUGUUAUAACAAUGCUAGCGGGUGGACUGGUGUUCCAUUAAUUUCGACUGCGUCUCGUAGACCCAGAAAGUUUCAACCGAUCAAUCAAAAUGUACCGACAAACCACUACCAACCUAGUAAGGCCGACUUUGACGAAUCGGCCAUGUCCAGGCUGGCUCUUCACGCUCAUGGUGCUCCACUCAUCCUGAGCAACAAUCGCUACCGAACAGGCAAAUCCAAUCCCAACAAACCAAUCAAAGUGCUGCCGAAUCCGACGUCACGCGAUGAUCAUACCAAGAUUGUUCAAAACUCAUCCCACUACACGGUAACGAACCCGAACCCUGAUUCCCACUCAUUUACAUCGAACGACGAUUUCGGUUCUGGUCACUCUGGUAACACUAAUUCAUCAACAUCGUCUGCUGCCUCGGACACUUGCCUACCACGGAUCAUCAAACCUCGCAAGCGGAGGAAGAAGGACCGUAAACCAAUUAUCCAGAAUGCCUCGACAUCGGUAGUAACACCGAGCACAACUCCAACCAGUAUCACCAAGAACAAUUCAACAAACCAGCUGCUUCCCUCGAGUUCUCUAAUGCUUGACGAAACAACGCGUGACUUCCUACAUGAAAUUGCCCUCAUUGCCAAUGCCGGGGGUAACUACGACUUCUCAGGUGUCCCGUUGAUGCAUCAGCUACCGUCACAAUUGCAACAGCAGCAGCAGCAACAACAACAGCAACAUCAGCUGUCCCAACCACAAACGAUGCAACAUUUCAGUAGUAAUAAUAGCGACUCCAGCGAUUCGGGAAUAAACAACCUAUCGUGCUCGUGUCGGUUGUGUGAUCCGUUCGGUAAGAUAUGGGCGUUCCCGCUGAGGAGAUCCUGUUCGGACAACAGUGCCGAGAUUGAGUUGAACCGCGCCAAGGAUGUUGGAGUGAUUGGAAGCAACCGAAGUAAUUCGUUCCGGAGUGAGUGGCGUAGUUCGCCGCAUUCGCUGGAUCAACAGCAGCAGCAUCAGCAACAGCAACAACAGGAUUUUGGAUCUGGGUCUAGCAGAAAGGGAAGUUUCAGCGAUUCUGGAGAUUCAGGAUGUGAUUUGUUGUCGGGGCUCACUUUCUGCUCCGAGGAUAUCCUUAGCAGUGUGAAUCGAGAACUGUUUCUGACACCGGUGGACGGCGGGAAGGAGUUUAAGUUCCCGACGACUGGCGGCGGCGGCGGUGGUGGUGGUGUUGGUGUAAGUGUGACCAGUAUUAGUGGUAGUGGGAGCCCCGGUAGCGUAAAUUCCGUUGGUGCAGUUAGUGAUAACAGUGAGUUACUGCUGAUCAGUGAGUUGACGAAGAAAUUGAACGAAGGGUUGGAUCUGGGUGGAAGGACCUCCGCAUCUGGAGGCGGAUCCGACAGUGGUUCGGCGUUUUCGGAUGGUGUAUUCGGCGGUAGCAGUGGCGGUUGUGCUUCCGGUGGGACCGACGGAUCUUCCCCGGUGGUGAUUGGUGGAAACUCUGCCGAUCUGUUCGUAAAUUUUGAUGUGAUCUCGCGAAACAACUUGUUCAGUGCAAACAACAUCAGCAAAUUAAGCAAUCUACUGUUUGAUGACGGUCUAACGGCACCGGGGCUAGUGAUAAAUAGCGCCCAGAGCGCCCAUGGUUUUAAUAAUAACGUGCUCGUCGGCAACGGGAAUAGUGCUGGUGUGAAUUACAUCCGGAGCAACAGUAUCCAAAAUCUACAGUCACCGCAGCCACCACCGUCGUCGGCGGGGUCGUCAUCGUCGUCGUCGUCAUCGUCAUCGUCCAUGUCAUCAUCAACAGUGUCUGCUGGGAUGGCAUCCCAAACUCCGGGUGGUUCCAGUCUGUUCAGUGACCAUCAAUCCUUCCUUUUCGUACCAGACGCGGAUCGUGGCUGUGAGGUGCUUAGCUGCUUCGAUAUGGUUUGGAGCAAUGAUCGAAAACUACUUCCGGUCGAAGAAUAACGUUUCCAAGAACUACAUAUUUUUUUCUUUGGUUUCGGCUUGUUAACAUUGUUCGCAUUAUAAAAUAGACACAGGACCGUCGAUAGAAAGAAAAAAAACCGCGCAGGUAGACGGUAAUUCUAGAAUAUAACACAGUUGUGGUAGCAAGGAAAGUGUGCAAACAGAUUUAAUUUAGAUCCCCCCUACAGAAGGUGGCGAAAGUCGGGACAGAGUCCAGAAGGACAAAAAAACGAGCAUAGAAAUCUGAAAAUGCUUUUUCGAUACUGCGUGUUGGACCGUCCAGCAUAUGAAUGGGACAGAAUCGGACUAGAGAAACCGUACAGUUUCGGCACUUCCCUGUUUAUACGGAUAUGAUGUAAGGUUAGGGUCUCAUUUGCUGUUGCUUUGCGUGAUUAUCGUGUGUGCCUCGGAAGAAGAUUGUUUUCAGUUGGGUUCUGGGAUGGUAUUCGGCGUUAUUAGAUUGGUCUGGUGGGUUAUUCUUUAUCUUCUAUUUCCCGUGCGAAAAUUGGUGGAUUUUUGCUUAAUUUUUUGCGAACACAAUUUGGCACUGUAAUAAGCUGUAAUUUAUUUUAGCGGCAUGAUAAAGGAGGGCUAACCUCCGCCACUGACCGUAGGACUGAAUGAUAUUUACGCACCGACAAUGCGAAGCGAUAAGAUAUUGAUUGGCGCCGAGAAGAAUGCAGUUUUCGUGUUCAUCUCAUUUAUCUUACACGUUUCUGAUGCUGUCAAAGCAGAUUACAAAAUUAAUAUCAAAUUAAUCCGACGCGGGAACAAACGAUUCCGGAGAAAUUCGGGUCUAUGUUGUGUCUUUCCUGUUUUUGUCAACUCGAUUCAUUCGGUAUGCACGGCGCGGUACCUUUUCCGCUCUUUCUUUUCCUCAUAUAUUUACGAUUAUGGCGACGCAGCUCAUAUGAAUAAUAAGUGUGUUAUGGAACAUGGUGUGCUCUUUGGGGCGACUGUGCGUCGGGAGGUUUUUGGAUGUCUGUUUUCGGGGACACUACACUGGUGGUGCCAAGACACGAGGGUGCUUGCUGAUGCAAACAAACAGUAUGGAGAGGGGUUUGCCAAUGCGCAUUAGCUACAGCUUUGCAGAAGUUCGUCGAUGAUUACAGUGAAGACUCGUUUUGAUCAUCCCUUUGGUGUAUUUUAGGCUGACAUACUGGGGUCAUUGAAAAAAUCGGGACAUAUUUUGUGUCUUUCUCAUAUAGAAAGGAUAUGCAAUCACUUCGAAAACCGACUUGUUAACAGAGAACCGGAAGGCCGAGUCUCAUGUGCCAUUCGACUCAGUUAAUCGAGAUUGGCAAGUGGCUGCAUGUGUGUGUUCGUGUGUGCAUAUGUUUUUUUAUAAUGCCAGUCAUUUUUCUCAAAGGUGGCUAAACCGAUUCACGCUCCCUUAAGCUGCUAUUGAAUUUUUAGCAGAUCGGACAUACCGUUCCGGAGUUACGGGUUGAACAGUGCGGUCACACAGCAAAUUCCCAUACAAACUGGUAUCACCAUGAUGCACUAAGGAUGACGUAUUUAUUAGAACAAGUGUAACAUUAGUUGAAUUUGCGGGUCUAGAUCACUAAUGACCAAUCAAAAUAGCUUUGACCACAUUUGCCUCAAUGACGGUUCUUGAUACCUCCAGGAAACUUACCAAGCUCCGAGUAGUUGUCACACAUUUUCUCAUCGAAUUCUUCACCGAUUUUUACAAACCUGAUUUCAAAUUAAAGGUACGGUAGUCCUAUUGACUGCUAUUCAAUUUCAAUCAGAUCGAAAUUUUGGUUCCGGAGUUAUAGGUUGAUUAGUAAGGUCACUCUGGAAUUUUCCAUAGAAACAACCAUAUUCGUAAUAAUUCAGCGGUUAACAGUUAUGUGUCCAACAAAAAAAAACACCUUUAACAGGCCAACGAGGAUACCCGGGUACCCACAAAUUGAAAUGCUCAUAACUAUGGCUUCCUUUAACCGAUUUGGACACUUUUAGAUAUUUUGGAUUCAGGAACUCGUCCACUUUUUGAUUCUGUACAAAAGAACCGGAAUAAUGGAUCUGGUUUUCGGUAAUCCGGAUUUUCCGGAGUAAUGUUCCAGUACUAGGAUAUGAUUUGCAAAUUUUAAUAAUGUACUAUCAAUAUGAGUAUCAAAACUCUUCAAAUUGUCUCGGGUUUUUUAUUGUUACUGGACCCUAUGGCAAUUUGAAAAAUGGAAUUGGAAUGGAAUGGCCACUCACGGUCCUACGGGAACCUUCUCCGGAAUGUCCGUUCCGGGGUCAAAUCACCAAAUGGUUCCAAAACCACGAGAUACAGCCUACUGAUGCAAUUCCAAGAAUUUUGAUACCCAUAUUGCUAGUAUUCCAUUGAAGUUCGCAAAUAGUUCCCCAGCACUGGAACCUGCUUCCGGAAACCCGAAUUCCCGGGAACCGAAUGAGGUAACCCGAUUCAUUUUUACCAAGUCCAAAAGUGGAUGAGUUCCUGAAUCUAAAACGGCCAAAAGUAUCCAAAUCGAUUGGAUAUUACCUUAGUUACGGGCAUUUUAGCUUUGUGGGUACCCGGGUACCCACGUCGGCCUGUUACGUAGUAAACAAAUUCAGGAGCCCCUCGUCACUCCCACCCUUACUAUACUAUAUUAUUAACCCAAAAGCUUGACUUAGUGAAGUUUUAAGAUGUCACAAAGUUUCAAUUUCCAGCUAUGGAUAAAACAUAGGAAUUUAAUUAAUUGAAACUUAAAAAGGUACCCGGGUACCGCGUCGGACACACAACGGUUAAAAACGGAUCAAAAAAUUGACAUCAUAUUACAGUGAAGACUCGAUUUUAUCAGCACCCUUUUUUUGGCCCCCGAUUUUAUCAGCUUUUCGACCCGAUUUUAUCAGCUUCAUAUGUAAAUUGGUAGUUUGAUGGGCUCUAGCAGACGAACCAAGUUGAAUACGAGUAAAUCGUUUCUUGAACAUAUUUUUCUUAUCUUUGAGAUCCGAAAUAUAAAAAAAAAUAAAAAUUUUUACUUUUUAAAUUUUUUUGAUUUUGAACUGGAGUAAAUGAUUUUCAUCUAUAUAUAUAUACAAAUAAGUGUGUCCAUUGCGCAUUUAUUUUUAUGUGUCCACAGCUAACUUACUCCAUUUGAAAGCAUAUUUUUGGGAUCACCGUGUUUCAUUACUUCGGUGCAGCGCAUUCAUUCAGUAAUUUUCGGUACAAAUUCAAUUUCAGUUUCAAACUGACUUUUGUUUCUGCGCUGGCUCUGAGUGGGAUUAUCGAGUAAAAAAAAUCAGACAAGGAUGAUUACGCAGUUCGCCUAUUCUCUAAAAUUUAAAAGUUGCCACAUUCUGCCUUCACAUAUAACAAAUAGAUGCUUUUGUUUGUGAAUUAAUUUAUAUUUCCUCUGAACUGAAGUCAUUCGAUUCUGUGUGAAACUUCAGUAUGCUUGGAAGUCAAUUAAUUAAGGAGGUGUUGAAACUGAAUGAUCGCUUCAGUAAAUACACGCAGAAAUAAACAACUUUUACAAAAAAUAUUCCGUUAUAAAUGUCGCAAUUAUACAUUUCCCUAAGGCGCUCAACAGCAAUUUUGUUAAAGAACGGCAACUUUUUAAAAAAAAGAAUCGUGGCUCACUCACUCUUAUUUAAGAGUCGAUUCUUUUGAUCGAUUUGCGAUUCACUUGCCCAUCUAUAGUGUGAACGCCUAAAACAACUGGCUGUUUUGGUAAUCUAACUUCGUCCAAAGUACAGUGGGCAAGAUUGUUUUUUUAAUACCGCUGGACUCAUUGGUAGCAAAUGGUUUUUGUUUUUCCAAAUCAUUCGUAAGAUUUUAGUUCAUGUCUUAUAUAGGUUGCGACAAAAAUUAAUAAAAAUCGGUUGUGUUCGGUUGUAAUAAGAACAUAUCGGUUGUUUGUUGCCGGGCGUCUCUGAUUCGGAUGACAAACUCGCAAACCUAUUGACUCGCCCCUCGGAUAGCCUGCAGCACGCGUCCACUAUUUGUGACGCCUUUGUUCAUCCCACAUUAGUAGUUAUUUGCAUUCCCACCAUGACAGCAGCAGCCCUUGCCCGUGGUCACAAUAUUUUUGACUGCUCACACAUGGUUCAUGUCAAUAAAAGACCCGGCUAGUUCGUGACACUGUUUCACCGAAUAGUUAUGUCCAAAUGUGAUUUAUGUUUCUAUUCAUGCCACAUAGUCUGCGUGUCGUUGCUGCUGCUGGUGGCGCUGGAAAUAACAAACGUUGAUACGCAUUUUUUUAUCGAGCUGUGUUUGCCCUGUUAAGGCCAUUGUUGUCUUGCACAUGCUGGCUUGUUGAUGGCUGUG